UUUCUUCUUUUCUUGCAUCUUCCACACUAUUCUCUCUUCAGCUUCUUCUACUCUUUCUCUCCGUAACAACAAACAAAUAAGCGAUUAUUAUUUUCUUCUUUCUUUCUUCAACUCAACAAUGGCUAAAAAGCGCGUUCGACAAUCUUCCACAUCCACUAACAAACGCCGUCGCAAAUCACCUAAAAAAGAAGAAGAAGAAAUAGUUUCUUUUCUUCCUUCUGAACGGAAGAACGUCAAACAAUCCAAUUCUGACGAUGCCUUCUUCGUCGGAGAUCCAAUUCCGGCUUCCGAAGCACAAGCCAAAUGGCCCUUCCGUUACUCAAAAACAGAUGGAUCUAGCGAAAACGCUUGCUUGCAAGCGAAAUUUCAUUACCGUGAAGGAAGUGUUGAUGGCAUUGUUUAUAAGCUUAAUGAUACUGCAUAUGUCAAGGCUGAGGAUGGUAAACCAGAUUAUAUUGCGAGAAUUGUUGAGUUCUUUGAAACUUCUGAUAAAGAACCAUAUUUUACUGCACAAUGGUUUUAUAGAGCAGAAGACACUGUUAUUAAGGAUCACGGUAAUUUAGUUGAUAACAAGAGGGUUUUCAUCUCGGAUGUUAAAGAUGAAAAUCCUUUGGAUUGUCUAGUUAGGAAGGUUAAAAUUGUGCAAGUUUCUCCCAAUGUGGAUUUGGCUGAGAAGAAAAAGAAAAUGCCAUCCUGUGAACUCUACUAUGACAUGAAGUACACUAUUCCUUAUUUAACAUUUUCUAACAUUGACAAUGAAAAUAUAGAAAGUGUCACAAUGGAAAGUGAAACAUCUACAAGCGAGUCUGCAACGAAUGCAUGUGUUGCUGAGAGGAAUUUUGUUAAUUGUGAGUCAAGUCAUAAUAAUGCUGAGAAGUCAGAAUGGAGUUUAUUGGAUUUGUAUUCUGGUUGUGGAGCCAUGUCUACCGGCCUUUGCUUUGGAGCUUCUAUAUCCGGGGUCAAACUUGUGACGAGGUGGGCUGUUGAUAUAAAUAAAUAUGCUUGUGAAAGUUUAAAGUUAAAUCACCCCGAAACAAAGGUGAUAAAUGAGGCCGCCGAAAACUUUUUAUGUCUAAUAAAAGAGUGGGCAAAGCUUUGUGAGAAAUUUGUAUUUAAACAUCAAGAAAUUGCCGAAUCUGAUGAAGAAGCUGAUGAUGGAGAGCUAGAAAAUCAGUCUGACUCUGAGGAGUUUGAGGUGGAAAGGUUUCUCGCUGUUUGCUAUGGCGAUCCCAAUGAAUCACAAAAACCAGGACUGUACUUUAAAGUGCACUGGAAGGGAUAUGAUUCCAGUUAUGAUACAUGGGAGCCUAUAGAGGGAGUAAGUGAAUGUAAAGAUGCCAUGAGAGAUUUUGUUACACAAGGAUAUAAGGAAAAAUUAUUGCCUCUUCCUGGUCAAGCUGAUUUUAUUUGUGGGGGACCUCCUUGCCAAGGUGUUAGCGGAUUCAAUCGCUUCAGAAACAAAAAUGAUCCGUUGGAGGAUGUGAAAAACAAGCAACUAAUUGUGUAUAUGGAUAUCAUUGAUUUCUUGAAGCCAAAGUAUGUACUGAUGGAGAAUGUUGUUGACAUUUUGAAAUUUGCCGGUGGGUUUUUGGGCCGCUAUGCCGUAGGUCGUCUUGUGUCCAUGAAUUAUCAAACUAGAAUGGGAAUGAUGGCUGCAGGGUCGUAUGGCCUUCCCCAAUUUCGGAUGCGUGUUUUUCUUUGGGGAGCUCUUCCUAAUCAAAAAUUGCCUGCGUAUCCGUUGCCAACUCAUGAGGUUGUUUCAAGAGCUGUCAUACCCACCGAGUUUGAAGAAAUCACAGUUGCAUAUGCCGCUAAUGAGAAUUGUCAGCUGGCUAAUGCAGUCUAUCUUAAGGAUGCAAUAAAAGAUCUCCCUCCUGUUAAUAAUGAUGAGAGCCAAGAUGAAAGGAACUAUGAGACAACCCCUCGUACAGAUUUCCAAAAGUAUAUCAGAUUAAAGAGAAAUGAGAUGGUGAAUUAUUCAGCUAACUCUCAAAAAGCACCAAGUGGAAAGCUGUAUGAUCAUCUCCCGUAUAAAUUAAAUAAAGAUGACUAUGAAAGAGUGUGCCGAAUUCCAAAAAAAAAGGGGGCAAACUUUAGGGACUUACCCGGAGUGAUCGUUAAAGGCAGAAAAGUGGAAUGGGAUCCCGCAGUUGAAAGAGUCUUGCUAACAUCUGGGAAGCCUUUGAUACCCGAUUAUGCCAUGUCAUUUGUUCGUGGGACCUCAACUAAGCCAUUUGGUCGUUUGUGGUGGGAUGAAAUUGUGUCUACAGUUGUAACAAGGCCAGAGCCUCACAAUCAGGCCCUUCUCCACCCACUCCAAGACAGAGUUCUUACCAUUCGAGAGAAUGCAAGGUUACAGGGAUUUCCAGAUUGCUAUCAACUACGUGGCUCUGUCAAAGAGAGGUACAUACAAGUUGGAAAUGCGGUUGCUGUUCCCGUUGCUCUUGCUCUCGGAUACACGUUAGGAUUAGCUAUUCAAGGACUGUCUGACAACAAGCCUUUGAUGACUCUCCCAUUCAAGUAUCCAAGUUGUCUUGCCCAACCUUGGGCUAUAGUUGAGGAUGAUGAUUCAAGUUGAGUUGAUCCUCUUUCUACAAUCCCAAUCUCCCAUUUUUAUGUCAUUCUCUUCCAUUUUUAGGUAGAAUUUCCAUUUUAAGUUGACAGUACACUGUGGGUUGAAGGAUUGUAUGAAUGAUUGUCUGUACCAUUAUUAACAUUAUUUUAAUGAUUUAACAUUCACUUUAGUGCAGUGCAAUAUGUAUACUUCACAAAUUGGGAUUGAGUUAAUGACACUUACAGUUAAUCCAA